UUGUAAACAAAAACUACUUUAUUUUAUAUCUAAUAAAAAAAUUUAUUGUGAUUGCCGAUGCAUAUGUAAUGAAAAGGAGUGCCACAAUGGAUCAACAAUUAACUUACGAGACAGCAAUUAAGAAGGCGCAAUUGGUGGAGAGAAACCCGCAACUUCAGUUAGACCCUCUUCGAGUGUCCAUGCACGAAGAAACUGAUAUCAUAAAACUCGCUCAAGAAAUACAGGCUGCUGAUAAGCAAUUGAAGAACAGCACAAGCCAGAAAUUGGUUGUUAUUCUAGAUCAGAUAAAAAUGUUACAAGCACAGGCGAUGAACAUACUGCAGGAGUCCAACGACAGCCGUGCACUUCACAGCGCUGCUUGCAAUUUUACAAAGAAGCCUGGCCAUAUCUAUCAUCUCUAUCAGAGGGCAACAGGGCAAAAUUAUUUUAGCAUGCUAUCGCCAGAGGAAUGGAAUCAUCCAGCAGACCAGACGUUUAAGGGCAGCUAUAGACUCGAAUAUGAUUUAAGCUGGACGCCAGUGGACAAAAUAAGAGAGCACGAUGAUAAACUGAAAUGGGUGGAACGUUGUAUGAACAGUGAAAGUAGCGUAACAGCAGCUAUAGAUUUUAACAUGGCAGAUAACUAAAGUUUUAAUUUACUUUUAACAAUAAAUCGUUGGAAUUACA